AUUGCUACUGGAUGAUGUGACACAUCGCUAGGACAUUUCCUUGUAUUUCAGGAAUUCCAUUCAAUCAUUUUUCGGAUUUGAUUUUUGUUCCAGAGGCAGGUGUGGGCGGCUGCGCGGCCACAGAGGUGUUGUAGAGAACAGUCCCAGAGUUGUCACAACCGGGAGCUAGCUAUUUUUUAGUAAACGAUGCGGGCAUCGCUUAGCACCUUUCAUUCAUUUUGGCUAACGCUAGCUUUGUAGUGGCGGCUCCACAUCCUAAUGUUAAGUAACUCGCCACCGCUGCAUUUGCGUGACUGACCCAGCUACAGUACAGUGUGACUCAGAUUGUCUGUUGAAUUGAAAGAAAACGGUAUUGUGUCAAACAGUAAGCGACAAUAACGUCAGCUGGUCUGAGAAAGGUUACUUUUACUAUCUAUUAUGGAUUAUGAACAUAAAGCGAAGGCAGUGGGGGAUUGUCUGAUGGGCUACAAGACGGAUGAGUCCGGGUGGAAAGUCUGCAAAAAAUCGAAUGACGUGGUUGUGUCUUGGCGUCCCUCGUCUGAGUUCCCUGGGAAUGUUUACAAGGGGGAGGGGGUUAUCAGUGGCAGUCCGGAGAAAGUGUGGGAGUGUCUGAAGCCCGUACCCAAUGGCAUGAGAGUCAAAUGGGACAACAAUGUCAAAAGGUUUGAGCUUGUGGAACAAAUCACAGAGCACAUCUCUAUCUGCCGGACGGUCACGCCCUCAGCAGCGAUGGGCAUCAUCGCUCCACGAGACUUUGUCGAUGUUAUUUUAAUCAAGCAAUACGAAGACGGCACCAUCUCAUCGAAUGCCACUAAUGUGAGCCACCCGAGCUGCCCCCCCCAGUCUGGCUAUGUGAGAGGAUUCAACCAUCCAUGUGGCUGCAUCUGUGUUCCCAUCUCAGGAGAGCCCAACAAAACCCAGGUGUUCAGCUUCUUCCAGACCGACCUGGGGGGCUUCCUCCCCCGCUCCGUGGUCGACUCGUUCUUCCCCUCCAGCAUGGCCGAGUUCUACAGCAACCUGGCCAAGGCCGUUAAGUCCCUGAAGGACCUUUGACCCCGAGAAAUGAGAGAUCUCCGUCACCCCGCUGCCGGUCAGACCCACGGUCCCUUGGUUUUAAACAGUCCAAACUCUAAAGCAAUCAGCACACUGAGAUUAAUAAUCGCUAAAUUGAUCCACAAUUUAUGUUUAAUGUACAUUCCUUGAUUCCUGUGUCACUGCAGGAGUAAAUCAACAGUCAGUCCCUCUUGUUGAAAGCAGUUUAGACUUAAAAAAAAAUCCCAUAGAAGGAGGGCUUCCAGCUCUCAUGUGGAAAGAUUUCCUCCACUCUAAUCAACGAAAUAGAUAUCUAUAUUUCCAUGUGCUAAAAGUCCAGAACAUCUUUACUUUGCAGUGAGAUACUCGACAUUUCCUCUUGAUAUAAUGAUCAUACUUGAGUGUGUACAGUAAACAUGCAUGUUGCAUGGAACUUUUUUACCCUAUGCUGGUAUCAGGUUGUUUGUUUGGAGUAUUGACUCAUACCUCAUGUUUAGUUCUUUGUGUUGUACUUGAACUGCCAUUUGCCCAUCUCCAGCUCACCUGUACACCCUGAAUAUGUAGAUGGAUGAAGUCAAUACUGCCUCUUAAAACACUGAAGCACAGGCGGGAUGGCAAAGGUGGCCUUUAACACGAAGGCAGCUUUGAUUUCUGUCUGAAACAACGCCAGCUUCUACAUAUGAUGUGUUCUGCCCUGCAGAAAAGUGUCUUCCUUGUUUCCAUCAAGAACAUUUCCCCUUUCUUUUCUUCAUGUCUAAUCAAACUCUUCAUGACGUUCAGAUCCAUAGCAGCUGCCUGCAGUUUGUUAGGAAGCAUUUGAAGCAGCUGUCUGACUGGCUGGGUGCUCACAAAGACAACACUAAUCCUUACAGCUGCAUACGAUGAAACACUGUGGUGAAAUGAGUUCACUCGUGGUGUUAGUUACUGCACUAAAGGCUGAUAUUUUCAAGACAUUCGGCAGCUUGUAAUGUAAAAGUAAGUACUGCAAAGACACGGUUUAUGAUCUCUAACGGUUCCAAUGUGUAAUUAGAGCAAUACAAGGAGUCAAGACUGUUUUACUGGAGACACUGUAAAAGAUGCAAAAAUGCACCACAAGAUGUCUCUGUGUAAUGUGUCUUAAAAAAACAGGACAGAGUACAUUAGAACUCUUGGAAAACAACAAUCUUUUAAGUUAUGUUUAAAGACUGUUGGGGGGCGUCUGACCUAUGGUAAAGUAGUGUGAAGUGUUUUUAUUACUGUGACUCCUUAGCAAACAUGUGUACAGAACAUGAGGUAAGUCUUAUCUACAGAGGCACCUCAGUCUUAUUCAUAUUUCAUCAGGAGCUCCUGAACUGUGAUGUUACCUCAUCCAGCCACACUGACUCAACAACAACCUUCCAUCAUCUGACUUUAUGUUGCAUUGUACAUAUUCAGGAUGUGUUUGUAAUCUUGACUGAAUCUGAACACUUUCUCCACCGCUGCUUUGGUAAUGAUCAGAUAGGAAAGCCAGAAUAAUUCCUACUUCUUCUCUUCAAACACCAAUCUGAGAUAGGCUCUUUCCAAACACAAGCUCCAGACACAAUGCAGAAGAACGCAAAGCUUUGAAAAGGCACAGGACAUUAAAACACUAAAAGAUGCUCAUCCUAUAAACUGAACAUGUUUAAUAUGAAGUUCCAGUGAGAGUGAAGGCUGGUUGCAUGAUGGUGUGAGUCCAGCUCCCCCCCCCCACCCCACUGUCUACAACACGCUCAAUGGGGGAAAGAAAUGGGAAAUGUGCUUGUGGAACAUGAAGAAGUGGGAUUGUAUAUAAUUAUAGUAUUUUCACUUCUCUCAUUCUUAUUUAAGACUUUAGGACACAUGUAAUUCCUGGCCAGAGGCCCGUCUAUAUUCCUCUCACGAUGUCAUGCUCUGUAAGACUCACCUUCAGGUAGACCCUCACCCUUCUGUACAUGCAUACUUUAUAACUUAAUGUAAAAGCUGCCAUUUAUUUACUUGAUAAUGAUUUAUGAUGUAAGAUAUUCCAAUUGAUCAGGUACAUUUGUACUGUACCUCAUUCCUCAUGGGCUUACCCUUCACUUCAUUCCCUCUGUGUUAAGGCUCAAUGAAAACGUAUGGAUGUGAUCUGUGUGGUGAAGGGGGGGUCCACUUUCUCUGCAGCCUGGGUGUGUAUAAGCCAUAUAGUGUGGCACGUUGUAACUAGUCUUUUAAUAUUCCUUUCAAAGCGUUUGACCAUGUUAUCUGUAACAUCUUCUGACCUCACAGCGUAACCAAUAUUCUUUAUUACAUUGCACCUGUUCCAAGUCCUCUGUGCUUACGGGUGGGUGGAAGGCAUUUGCGGUUUUAACUGCAUCCAGCAGGGUUUUAUUUAUUUGUUGUCAUAUGAUCUCAAUGUACAUACAGGUAGCUGCUGCAGUAGAAUUAACCCAGCAUUCCAUGAGGAAGUUAAGCAGAGGAGCACUUCAUGCUGGCGUUUAGCGCAAAUCAACCCAGAACCAUCCUCUGACUUCCUGACCCGUCUCUGACAUGUGACCUGAUCUGAGGCCUCUGCUGUUAGACCCACUUUUAUUACACUGACUAUUAAUACGUGUUCUCUUUCUCUCUUCUUGGAGCUACACUCCUACAGGAUGAAUUGGCGGACUUCUCAACAAAAAUGAUUCAAUAAUGCUCAGGUUAAAUGGGCUAUGAUCAAUAUUUAUUACAAUAUGCACUGAAAAAACUGAAAUGUUGACUUUAAUUAAAUGUGUUGUCAAUAUAUUUUACAUAACUGUCUUAGGUUAGUUGGAAGCAAUAUUAAGUUUAAAUAAAUAAUAUUAGGUUCAACUUAAUACUAUUGCUUUCAACUAAUCUAAUACAGUUAUGUGAGGUUAGUUAACAUAAGUCAAUGUGUGAGUUUUUUCAGUGUGGAAGGGCGAUAAUGUGAUGCAGCUUUGCAGCUCGCUGUAGCUCCACAGAGCUUUGUGGUCGAUGGGACGUUGCCCAACACUCUAGGGCAAAGGGGAGUAACAAAAGUUUAAAUAACCAGGGGGAAAAAAGACUUGUCGAACCCAAAGAUGUUGUUUAAUAAACUCAAAAACAAACUAAAGACAACUUUCUAUAAAAGAAAGUGACAAAAGUAAACAAUACAAAAAGGUAGAAUGGAGCACAUCUCUAACACUCGCCAUACUUACUCUGACCAUAAACAACACAUCAAGUCCAAAAGACUUCCGUGUUUGAUAACCAGAUACAGAAAGCCUGUUGAUACCAGAUGGAGAUAGUGUCUCUGUUUGGACUGCCACCAAAAAUGAUGAACCAUCUGCCAAAUAACCAGCAGCUUUUUCACGACUAAACAUAUUUUCAGCCAACUGACUCCUCUGGCAACAACUUUCUAUCUCAUCAUUUCCAUUAUUUUAUUUCUCUGUAAAAAUAAAGGUGCUGGAGAUGGUGAGCUCCUGCAGGCAGCAGCAGGUUUAUCUGACCUCUGUGAACUUUGACCAAUCUCACUGUUUCCAGGGAGACACGCCGUUCAAAGAGCAUGUAAACAGGCAGAAGCGUUUCCAGUUGAACCCUUUAAAUAUCCCAUUGUGGCUGUGAUGACCAAUGAGACCAGAUUCCCAAAGUAAAUGUGUUCUGUGAUGACAUUCAGAGACCAACCCAGAGUUCCCUGUGUGGCAGAGCAGAUGUUAAAUGAUUCAUGUCAGGUGGUUUUCAUUGACUCAUCUUACCAUGUAUAAACGUCUAUCAGAUCACAUGAACCCGCUAUCUCGUACUGUUCUGCACCCAGUGACUUCUGUAUUUCACCAGCAUUAAAAUGAUUAAUAAGAACA